CAAGCUUCUCUAUAUAAUGCCCCUUUUGCUUAAGCUAAUUCAUCAUCAUCCACACUCACCACUCAAAAUCAGCUUUUGUCUCACUCCUAGAAAAUGAAGUUUUCUCCUUCAUUUUCUUGCAGUGCUAUGGGAGCUUUAAUAUUGGGUUGCCUUCUGCUUCGAGCAUCCAUCUCUAAUGCUCAAUUGAGGCCGGAUUUCUAUUUCGGAACAUGCCCGCAUGUUUUCGAUAUCAUUGGGAAUGUCAUCGUCGAUGAAUUGGCCUCCGACCCUCGUAUUGCCGCUAGCAUCCUGCGCCUACACUUCCAUGACUGCUUUGUUAAUGGCUGUGAUGCAUCAAUCCUCCUGGACAAUUCCACAUCAUUCAGGACUGAGAAAGAUGCUGCUCCAAACGCAAAUUCAGCUAGAGGAUUUAAUGUCAUAGAUAGAAUGAAAGCCAAGCUUGAGACAGCUUGCCCCAAAACAGUGUCUUGUGCAGAUGUUCUCACUAUCGCUUCUCAAAUAUCAGUCCUUUUGUCAGGAGGUCCAUGGUGGCCGCUUCCGUUGGGGAGGAGAGACAGCUUACAAGCUUUCUUCGAUCUGGCUAAUACAGCUCUUCCUUCUCCAUUUUUCACUCUUGCUGAACUUAAAGCAAGUUUUGUUGCCGUUGGUCUAAACCUCUCCUCAGAUCUAGUCGCUCUUUCUGGUGGUCACACAUUUGGAAGAGCACAAUGUCAAUUUGUGACACCUCGUCUUUACAACUUCAACGGUACCAAUAGCCCAGACCCGAGUAUUAACCCAACUUACCUCGCCCAACUACGUGGACUGUGCCCUCAAAACGGAAACGGCACCGUUCUUGUCAACUUCGACCCCGUGACUCCCGAUGGUUUCGAUAAUAAAUACUACACUAAUCUUCGUAACGGGAGAGGUCUGAUUCAGAGUGAUCAAGAACUGUUUUCGACUCCUCAAGCCGACACGAUUCCACUAGUGGAGCAAUACAGCAGCAACCAGACCGCGUUCUUUGAUGCAUUCGCAAAAGCAAUGAUUCGGAUGGGAGAUCUUAAACCUUUGACUGGGAAUCAAGGUGAGAUAAGACUGAAUUGUAGUGUUGUGAACUCAAGGAUCAUGAGUGUGGAGAAUGAAGAUGAUGGUGUUGUGAGUUCGAUUUGAUCAUGUCGGAGACAUAUAUAUGUAAGAAAGCAUAAAAUGCAUGGGGAAUAAUUUAUGUAUUUCGACUAAAAUAAAUAUUCUCACGAGUUAUGAGAUAAUUAUGGGUCUUAAUUCUAGA